CACAUGUCCAAGAUGGAUGUGAUCAUCCCGUUUACACCAGAUGUGCUCUGUGACAGCAACGGCCAGCGGAUGUGGUGGGCUUUCCUCGCCUCCUCCAUGGUCACUUUCUUUGGGGGCCUCUUCAUAAUCCUCCUGUGGAGAACUCUCAAAUACCUGUGGACUGUGUGCUGCCACUGUAACGCCAAAAAGAAGGAGGUCCAUCGGAUCACCACAGGCGAUGGCAUCAAACGUACGGACAAGGACGACGCGGCAGCCAGCGAGGUGGGCUGGAUGACCUCCGUCAAAGACUGGGCCGGAGUCAUGAUAUCCGCUCAGACACUGACAGGAAGAGUCCUGGUGGUUCUCGUGUUUGCUCUCAGCAUCGGAGCCCUUGUAAUAUACUUCAUAGAUUCCUCUGAUCCCAUCGAGUCCUGUCAUAACUUCUACGAAGACUUCACGUUGCAGAUUGACAUGGCAUUCAAUGUGUUUUUCCUGCUGUACUUUGGCCUCCGUUUUAUUGCUGCCAAUGACAAGCUGUGGUUCUGGCUGGAGGUGAACUCGGUGGUGGACUUCUUCACGGUUCCUCCGGUGUUUGUGUCGGUGUACCUGAACAGGAGCUGGCUCGGCUUGAGGUUUUUAAGGGCCUUAAGGUUGAUACAGUUCUCAGAAAUUUUACAGUUUUUGAAUAUACUAAAGACGAGCAACUCUAUAAAGCUGGUGAACCUGUGUUCAAUUUUCAUAAGCACAUGGCUAACUGCAGCAGGCUUCAUUCACUUGGUGGAAAACUCAGGGGAUCCUUGGGAAAACUUCCAAAAUUCCCAGGCACUUUCUUACUGGGAAUGUGUCUACUUACUCAUGGUUACUAUGUCCACUGUUGGCUAUGGAGACGUUUAUGCCAAAACCACCCUGGGCCGCCUGUUUAUGGUCUUCUUCAUCCUUGGUGGUUUGGCCAUGUUUGCGAGCUACGUCCCUGAAAUCAUAGAGUUAAUAGGAAACCGCAAGAAAUAUGGUGGUUCCUAUAGUGCGGUUAAUGGGAGAAAGCACAUCGUGGUCUGUGGUCAUAUAACACUUGAGAGUGUGUCCAACUUUCUAAAAGACUUCCUACACAAGGACAGGGAUGAUGUCAAUGUAGAAAUUGUUUUUCUCCAUAAUAUUUCCCCUAAUCUUGAGCUGGAAGCCUUGUUCAAGCGCCACUUCACCCAGGUGGAGUUUUACCAAGGGUCCGUCCUAAACCCACACGACCUGGCCAGAGUCAAGAUUGAAUCAGCUGACGCUUGUUUGAUCUUAGCCAACAAAUACUGUGCUGACCCUGAUGCUGAGGAUGCAUCCAACAUCAUGAGGGUUAUAUCCAUCAAGAACUACCAUCCAAAGAUCAGAAUAAUCACUCAAAUGUUGCAGUACCACAAUAAGGCCCAUCUUUUGAACAUCCCAAGCUGGAACUGGAAGGAGGGAGAUGAUGCCAUUUGCCUUGCGGAGCUGAAGCUCGGCUUCAUCGCCCAGAGCUGCCUGGCUCAGGGCCUCUCCACCAUGCUAGCCAACCUUUUCUCCAUGAGGUCCUUCAUCAAGAUUGAGGAGGACACAUGGCAGAAGUAUUACCUAGAGGGAGUAGCUAAUGAGAUGUACACCGAGUACCUGUCGAGUGCCUUUGUUGGCUUGUCUUUCCCUGUAAUUUGCGAACUCUGUUAUGUGAAGCUAAAGCUGCUACUUAUAGCCAUAGAGUACAAGUCUGAUCAAAGGGAAAGCAGCACCCUGAUAAACCCUGGGAACCACGUGAAAAUGGAGGAAGGGACCUUGGGCUUCUUUAUUGCCAGUGAUGCCAAAGAAGUAAAGAGGGCGUUGUUUUACUGUAAAGCCUGCCACGAUGACAUAACUGAUCCCAAAAGGAUAAAGAAAUGUGGAUGCAAGAAAUCCAAGAGGCCCGCCUACAAGAAAAUGAGACUGGCAUGUUGUUUUGAUUGCGGCCGCUCAGAGCGGGACUGCUCUUGCAUGCCAGUUAAUGUGCGUUGUAACAUGGACUCCCCUCAACGCGACAUCCCACUCUCUGCUGUCUCUGUUAAUGAUUGCUCAGCCACUUUACGUGCCUUUGAAGAAGACCAACAGUUGGCACUAUCGCCCAAAAAAAAGCAACGUAAUGGAGGCAUGAGGAACUCUCCAAACUCCUCACCCAAGAUUAUGAGACAUGACCCACUCCUCAUCCCUGGGAACGAGCAGAUUGAGAGCAUGGAUGAGAAUAUAAAGAAAUACGACUCCACAGGGAUGUUUCACUGGUGCCCGUCCAAAGACAUCGAGAAGGUCAUCUUGACCCGGAGCGAGGCAGCCAUGACUGUUCUGAGCGGACAUGUGGUUGUGUGCAUCUUUGGAGAUGUGAAAUCGGCAUUGAUUGGUCUCCGAAAUUUUGUCAUGCCCCUGAGAGCGAGCAACUUUCACUACCAUGAGCUGAAGCACAUCGUGUUUGUCGGCUCCCUUGAGUAUCUGAAGCGAGAGUGGGAGACUCUUCACAACUUUCCAAAAGUUUCCAUUCUGCCAGGCACACCAUUGAGUCGGGCAGAUCUGAGGGCUGUCAACAUCAACCUCUGCGACAUGUGUGUCAUUCUGUCAGCCAAUCAGAACAAUAUUGACGACGCAUCACUGCAGGACAAAGAAUGCAUCUUGGCGUCACUCAACAUCAAAUCCAUGCUGUUUGACGACAGCAUCGGGGUCUUGCAGGCUAAUUCCCAAGGCUUCACACCACCAGGGAUGGAUAGAUCUUCUCCUGAAAACAGCCCAGUCCAUGGAUUAGUAAGGCAGACCUCUGUCACAACUGGAGCAAAUAUUCCCAUCAUAACAGAACUAGUGAAUGACUCAAAUGUUCAGUUCCUGGACCAAGAUGACGAUGACGACCCGGACACAGAGUUGUACCUCACUCAGCCUUUUGCCUGUGGGACAGCCUUCGCAGUCAGUGUGCUGGAUUCCUUAAUGAGUGCUACAUACUUCAAUGAUAAUAUCCUCACCUUGAUCCGGACGCUGGUAACAGGCGGGGCGACCCCGGAGCUGGAGGGGCUGCUGGCGGAGGAGAAUGCGUUACGGGGUGGCUACAGCACGCCACAGACCCUGGCGAACAGGGACAGGUGUCGCGUGGCACAGCUGGCCUUGUACGACGGGCCCUUUGCUGACCUCGGGGAUGGGGGUUGUUAUGGUGACCUGUUUUGUAAAGCCCUGAAAACGUACAACAUGCUGUGCUUUGGCAUCUAUCGGUUACGAGACGCACAUCUAAACACACAAAGCCAAUGUACCAAACGGUAUGUCAUAACCAAUCCACCAUAUGCGUUUGAGCUGGUGCCCUCAGACCUGAUAUUCUGCCUGAUGCAGUUUGACCACAACGCCGGCCAGUCUCGAACCAGCCUCUCCCACUCCUCCCAUUCGUCCCAUUCCUCCAGCAAAAAGAGCUCCUCCGUCCACUCUAUCCCAACCACCAACCGCACCAACCGCACCAAAAGCAGGGACUCACGAGACAAACAAAAUGCAACAAGGAUGAAUAGAGUGGGCCAAGAAAAGACAUGGUUUACAGAUGAGCAAGAGAAUACCCACCUGAGGACCAUACAGAUCAAGCCUGUGAAUACUCUCGCCGUCAACCAAGUCAGUCAGUGUAAAUCCACAAGCAGCUUGAUUCCACCCAUCAGAGAAGCAGAAGACGAGUGCUGAGCUCCGGAGCCACGCCGACACCUGGACGCUCGGACUCUCAGAAGACUUAUCGUGUAGGUGUCGGGCUGGGAUUCAGGAUGUCUCCUCGUCUGCAAACAUAAAUCAUCAGCUGACAUUAGAUGACACGAACACAAACUGCUUAGCUUAUUCACCGCUGCAGCAAGCUUAUUGUACAAGCAGUCAUACAUGAAAUAUUCAUAAAGACAAUCAUAGUCAAGUGUCGCAACCACUCAGCUAUUAGAUUGCACAGCUAAUCUUUAGUGGUGACCAGACUCCAUGACUUUUUUGUUCCAUUCUGGGGAAUGAGGGUCACUUGAAGGAGACGAGCAAUGUAAAAAUGACUACUAUCACUAAAAGAGGUGAUUAUUAUGAUUACUGGAUCAAAUUUUGCAAUUAUAAAAGUUGCCUUUUUAGCUGUCGAUGAACAACUACUACAAUUACUGCAUUUACCUUACCCAGUGCUGCAGAGUUAUUCUGUACAGUAUGUUAAAAUGUGUAUUUUACAUCCAGCUGCGAUCCCACCACAAUGGCAUUGUUAAUGACUGACUCUCAGUGAUUCCUUUGCCAUUUGGAGCUAAUUCACAACAUUUGUGACAGUUACAAUGGCCAGUGUCCAUGUGUAAAUGGCAUUUGGCUCCAGCCUUAUCUUUAUCCAUUUAUAUUUGUCUUAUCUUCGCCUUUUUGAAGUCGUUUUGUUAUAAAUGUUUUCAUGUCACUGUUCGGUUGCAAUGUCCUAAAAACCCAGAAAUCUUACUGAGUAAAGCUUUUAAGUAUGUGCAAAGUUGCUCCAGGGGUAAAACGUUUUUUUUUUUUUCUUCUUCUUUAACCCCAAUAGCCAAACAUGAUAGAGCUGUUUUGCUGGCAACAUUAGAAUAUAACCAAAAAUCUUAAACAGUUUCUAAUACAGUUGCAGAGUUAUUCAUAUACUAAUGACACCAUAGACAGCAAAGCCAAAUACUACCGCAUAGCUUGGCGCCAUAUAAUAAGUCUGUAAGUGAGCUGAAUGUGAAAGCCACAUAUCGCAUGAAGUGGGCAUCUUUAAGUCCUCCAUUGGCUGUAAGCACUGCCUGACACAGGAUUGUCUUGGAGGCCAUUAAGCGCUUGAUUGUACUCCAUGACCAAUCUUAAUGCCAUAAUCAGACAUGUUCAUGCUUUUUGUAGAUACAUGAAAAACAGCUCUAUCAUUAAAAAAAAAGGGGUUUUGGCUAUUUAUAUGUUCCGAUAGAUUCUAUUCUGUUGGUAAACCAUCUUGGUGAUCGAUUGCAUAUCUGAUAUAUCCAUAAAAACAAACAAUGUACACACAUCUGAUGAAGCCUCUAUCAUUUGUUUCAGUUUGUAAGCACAUGAGGCCAGAAUAGAGAGCUAAGAAUGGUUAUUAAUCAUGUCUUAUCUGAAUAACAACAAAGCUAUAUUGGUGCUGUUGUCACUUUAAAAAAAAGCAAGCAAUCCGUAAAAAUCCUUAAUCUACAGAAGAAGCAUCACGGUCUAGCCAAAGAUUCGCGUUGGAUGUAAAAAGAGCGAGGUUGUGACAUUUUUACUGGCCCUGGAACAUCCAAGCCAUCGACCCCUCAGUGCCAGUAAUGUGCCAGGCAGUGCUGAAGCCAGCGGAGGACUCCAGAAGACCCACUGCUGCGAAAAGAGGCUUCUAGUUUAGCUGGAUUUGAGCAAAAUUGACUUUUGCUGUGAAACUGAGAAAUGUACUUUCCUCUUUGCUUUCCA